GUUUCAAGAUUUCCUCCAGUCCCUAUAGGAAAGUAAUCUCAAACUCAGAAAAAAAGGGAUUUAAUUCUCAAUCAAAGAGAUUUCAGUAUAACCAAAAUGAAACCCCAGGCCCAGGACUCUAUAAUGUCAUUCAUCAGUCUCCAGAGAUCAACAGCACCUCAUUGUCAACGAAAGGAACGGGAUACUUCCCUUCACUGGUCCCACGCACUGCAUUCAGGAAAAUGUCCAACUAUCCAGCUCCGAAUGCCUACAAGAUCCCGUCAUGUUUUCAGUCCAAGCAAGAUUUUAGCCAAGGAAACUCCAGCAUGUUUCAACAACCCAUUGCAAGGAAGAUGGAGAAGAUGCCCACUCCAGCACCCAAUCAAUACUAUACCUCUCUGGAUUUCUGCAAGCAAAGCAACAACAUUUCGGGCCAGGCAGUGUUUCUGUCCAAAACCACAAGAGGAUUCCAUUUCAAAAAAUUUGGAAAAUGGCCUUCUCCGUACAUCAACGAUUCCCUCACCAAGACGUCUCCCAGGGUUAUAACAUCUUUCUUCAAGUCCAAGACCUCCCACCUAACCGUGAUGGACAGAUUUACGCCAGAGCCUGCGAUCUAUCAGCCACGUAAACCCACCACAGCAGCAAAGAAAAAUCCUUUCAGUGACAUUGCCUGGCCGAAGAUUAAGAUCGACAAUAAAUUCCUGACCGUGGAAAAGAAUGAGAACCUGAGAAAGGCCGUGGCUGCCCUUACCCAGCAGGUGUAUCUUUACUACAUCUCUCAGCAGUUGUAUCUUAUGACAGGGGCCAGCCCACCCUGUAAAGAUCCUCCUUCGCCCGGGCCUGGGCAGUACGAGCUCGUGGAUUACAAAGGGUCUCCCAAGCAGGACUGCUCGAGUGCUGUGUUCAUCUCAAACACAGGGCGAUGGCCAGUGAGGAGAUCACAGGAAGGAUUCCCCGGGCCAGAUUCUGAAGUCCUCCUGGGAGGUUACGGGAAGGCUGAGGCAGACAAGAGCACCACUGCUGUUAUUUCCAGCGUCUGA